AUGCACUUUUUUACUACGAUCUCCUGCGCCUUCCUCCUCACCGCAGCUUAUGCUCACCCUCAACUUGACAAGCGCGGUCUCAAUGUUGUAUGCGAAGUCGAUGCCCACGAUUAUGAGAAUCAAACUAGUGGGGCUUCUCCACUCAUCAGCGACUGCGAGAUCAUGAAAAACAACAUCAAGGGUGGAGGGGACUGGCAAGUCUACCCCGACGGCGGUCACCAUCAGCUCAUCCAGGCUGGAACAUGCGCUUUCGGCGUGAAGGGCCAGGGCAUCAACUCUUCCCGAUUCAAGAUUGGUAAUGGUGAUAUCUACAACAUGAUCACUAAUUCGAUACGAGACUUUGGUAAGGAUGGCAAAGUUGGUGCAACAGGGGUUAUUGGAUGUGGACUGCAGGGAGCUGAUGGUGCUAUUGAUGUGAUAUGGAAUAUUCUCCACAAUUAG